AGCUGUGUGUGUCUACGUGCCUUUCACCUCGUACGAACUGUCAUCAGCCUACAUCAUUCGGAGUCACCGGAUGCUGCGCUGAGAGACAUCAAGGACUUUACAGCAACAACAGGUAUUUGAGAAAUUAGAAAAAUGGUUGGAUUUUUCCAAAUGUUGAGGAAGAAAAAGGAGCUGAUCCCUCUGAUAGGGUUCAUGGCUUUUGCUGCAACAGGUGCCACCUCUGCUUCGAUCUACUUUCUCCUUACUAAACCUGAUGUCAUUCUGAAUAAGACAAGAAACCCAGAACCAUGGGAGAGAGUGGACCCAUCAAAACCCCAAAAGCUCAUCACCAUCAAUCAGCAGUGGAAACCAGUGGAGGAGCUGGAGUUGGUAAAGAAUCUCACCAAGUAAAAAAGGCGGGCAUCUGCUAGAAACAUCCACAGUCUGUCUACCCGCCUGCCCCCCAUCAGUCUAACAGAAUCCUUUCUGCACAAACUAGCAUGCUUUGACACUCAGUGUGCGGAAAUGCUUCUGCUCCACUGGUGGGGUUUCAACCCGCUCUGUAAUGGCCCAACUCAAGGACAUCCAUACACAACAGUGGAAAACUAUGAUACACAUACCUCUAAGUGUAAAAAAAAAAAGCUUACUUUGGGUUUCUGUGACAGAGGUAUGUUCGUGUUGAAAAGGUUGUGGUGUUUAAUUUGACAGGAAAGUUGGUAGUCAUAGCAACCCAGAUGCUCUUACAGUAGAUAUGAAUGUAAAAUGGUGUCUGAAUGUCUUAUAUAAUGUCUUGUACAGUGUUAAUAAAUUCUUAGUGUGA